UCCGUCCACGGCUACCCGGGCAGCCACCGCUUCAGCCCCGGCUACACCUACGGCUACGCCCCCAGCUACAGCAACUACGGCGGGAGCUUCGGCUACUACCGGAACGCCGGCUUCGGACCCAAAGGCUUCAGCUCCUUAGACGCCUACGCCCCGCAAACGAGCGCCCUCAACAGCAACAGCUUCUCCGGCUUCUCGCCUGGCCCCCCGCAGAGCUACGUGAGCCACGGUCAAACCGCCAACGGGGAACCCGUCAAGACCAUCACCAUCACCAAGGAAGUCCCCGUGCCGUACCCCGUCCACGUCGAAAAGAAAGUCCCGUACCCUGUCAAAGUCCCCGUCGACAGACCGGUCCCGAUCACGGUGCCGAAACCGUACGCGGUGCACGUGGAUAAACCGGUGCCCUACCCGGUCAAAGUCCCCGUCCAGGUCCCCGUUCCGGUAACGGUCGAGAAACACGUUCCUUUUGCCGUUAAAGUCCCUGUCGACAAACCCAUCCCAAUCCACGUUCCCAAACCGUUCCCGAUCUACAUCGAACGGAAAGUCCCGUACCCUGUGGAGAAGCACGUGCCAUUCAGCGUUAAGUACCCCAUCCAGCAGGGGCCGUUCCCCGUCCAGCCCGGUCCGCAUCCUCUCGAGAAGAAGGUUCCGUUCCCGAUGAGGUUCUCGGUCGAGAGACCCUUCUCCUUCGCACAGCCCGGAAUGCGGCCGUACCCCAUUGAUGUGGAGCGACAGAUCCCUUGGGAGCAGAAACCCAUCGUUGUGCCUAUCAAGGUUCCGAUCAAGAUCCCUUACCCGGUGGAAGUGAAGGUGCCUCUUCAUAUUCCCAUCGUCGGGAAGCAGGAGGUCAACCAUAGCGACGGGGACAACUUCCCUGGGUUCGGGGCUACGUUUUCGGGGUUUGACAACUCGGGGAACAACAGUCAAGCCAGUUCGCUGACGGGGGCUGAUUUUGGGGGUAGCUCCGAGUCGGACUUCUUCGGGAACCCGGAGAACAGCUCGGGUGGCCACGAGAGCGGAAGGUAUACGGAGAACUCGGAGAGACCGGAGUCGAACAGCUUCGGCGAGAACCUGAGUUCGUUCGGCGGGCAAGCCGAGGCGCACAGCGGUGGCUCCUCUCACGACUCCAGCAACGAUGGCUACAACUUUAAUUUUGACACGGAUGACAGCGAGAACAACUCCUCUGGAUACGCGUAAUUUUAUUCCUCUGCACUGAAUAAAAAGCUACGGGCUAUAUAGACAUACUGUCCGUUCCGGGCUCAGAGGCCGGAAUUUCCGGGUGCUGGAGCCGUGGCUUUGAUUGCUCCGGGUGCUAUGUCAGGAGGUUUCGGCCUCUUAGCCAGGAAAGUAGGCGUUACGUCUGCAUAGCCUGUAAGUACGGCUUCCAAAGCCGGAGUUUUUUUUCAGUAUGACGAAAUCUCAAUUCAUCAGUGCCGUUCGACGAUUUUCCUUGCAGGUUUACGGAGGAUUGUGGUGAAGUAAAAGCUAAGGUAAAGUCUUGAUAUGCAAAAAAAAACCAAAAAUGCUUAAUUCGAGAGAAUUCCGAUAAAUCGGCCGUGUUUAGAGGAAAGGAACGAAACCGCAUCAGUCAUUGCCAAGUUUAACUGCGUCAUUCAAUAUUUUACAAGAGAAAGAUUGGACGGAUUCCGUUUAAAAUUUAAGGAAUCUGAUUCGUACUUCGUAACAAAUUCAAUGAAAUUUGCAGAGAACUCCGCACAAUCGUUUUCGUGCAAAAAAUAAAUUGCCCGAUUGAAUUUGGCAAUAGCUGAUGUGGUUUGGUUCCUUUCUGCUUAACGCGGUCCGAAUACGCUGGGCUACUAAAAAUGAAUGAAUCUCAGCUCAUUGCGCAGGAGCUAAAGAUCUUCGAACAUUUAUCAGUCCUGAAAAACACUGACUCCGCGAGGUAAACUAAUCGCGCCAAAUAUAGUGUGGCGCGGAAAGCACAUUAACGCCUACAAGACUGGAUGAAUACUUCCCGCAUUGCGCGUAAUAUCACGGCCCGUGCUUGGCGCAUAUUAGCGCCUACAAGACUGCGUGAAUACUUCACGCAUUGUGUGUUC